UUGUACAAGCGCUUAAGACAAGAGGCGGAAAAUCUUGAGACAUGGAAGUGUUGUACCAUAUCAAAAUUAGAGGAAAAAUGUCUAGAUCUGCAGUCCUAUGAAUCACUUGUUGAAAACUUGCGAAAGGCAAACCUUGAGCUACAAAUGAAUAUGGAAACCGUUAGUUUAAAAUAUAAAGAUGAGCUAGCUGUAAGAGAAAAAUUGGCUGAACAGCUUUCAGCCAUCAAGCAGCAGUGCACAACAUUGGAGCUCAAAGCCGAAAAAUUAAUGAAGGCAAAUCUAACAAUUAAGAGCAAGUUUUGUCAGUCGGAAGUCGUACAUAAUUCUCUCCUGUCUAUAUUUAAGACGAUAAAAGACAACUUCAUCGAGCAGUCAAACAAAUGUUUAGAUAAAUUUAAAGAAUCAGAAAAAUUAGUUACAGGUAAGAUAUUGGAUCUGGAAACACUACAAAAAUCAAAUAUUGCAAUGGACGAAAAAAACGAAAUAUUGAAAGAUGAGCUUCUUCAUUGGCAACAAAAGCAUCACAACGAUAUAGUUCAGCUGCAAACUGAAAUUGAUCAGCUUAGCACUGAAAAUAUUGAGCUUAAGGAGUUGGAGAAAACCUUAAUGUGCACCAACGAGAGAAAUUUGUCACUGAUUAAACUCCUGGAAGAUGCUAUAGCAGAGGAAAAAAUAAAUAGAGAAAACGCCGAAUAUAUGCUGAAAAAUAACAGUAAAGAAACUGAUGAGCUCAGAGAUUUAAUUGAAAAGAUUAGAGACAAGAAUGUAUACGUAUUAGAAAUGUUAAAUACUCUUAACAAAAAGUUCAUUCAUCUUGAAAACCAGACAACGACGUUACGAAGCCACUUUAAAUGUUUUACUAACAGAAUAGAAAACAUGAUAGCUAAUUUAACUUCAUUUCAGAUUCGACAAAGAAACGGCAGAGAAGAAAUGGUCAUUAAUCUAAAAGAUGAACAGCAAAACAUCAGAAAGUUAGUCCAGAAAAUGAACGAAAGAUCGAUUGUUAUCCACAAGUUCGAAUCAAGCCUGUAUCACACAUGCGUUGAUUUAGUAAUGGAAAGUGAAAUCUCGAAGAUCGACAGAGAAAACCUAGUAAACCUAAACAGAAAGGUCUUUGAGUUGGAGAAAGAAAUAGAAUUUUACCAUAUAAGUGAAAAUGCUCUGAGAGAUGCACUGAAAAAAUGUCAGAUCCAAAAUGAAAAAUUGCAGAUUAACAACGGCUCAUUACACACACAGAUAAAUUGUGAAAGCCGAAAUUGUGCCAAAGCUAAUGAGAAUUGUUUAAAAGCUGAAGCUUUGGUCAAGCAUUUAGAAGAAAAAGCGUGUUCAAAUCAAAACGAAAUAAAAGAUUUAACAGAAAGAGCAAGAGCGAUCGAAAAGGAACUAAAGGAAGAAAAACUAAGCUGUUCUAAGGUCAAAGAAACGCUUGAAUUUUACGAAAAAAAGUUCCACGAACUCAAAAUGAGCAAUGAAAAGAAUCAACAAGCUCUUGAUCAGGCGCGUCUUCAAAUAAAGGAAAAAGAAGAGUACCAUGAGGAACUGAAACGGCAGUUGGUUAAUCUUAAUCAAGAAAAGGAGAAAAGUAUUUUGAAGCAAAUCCAGCUUACUAAUAAUAUAAAUGAUGUGACGAUACAAUUAGAAUACUCACGACAAGAAAUUGGACAGCAAAAGUUAAGGGAAAAGCAUAUUCAAGAACAAAAUCAAAGACUGGAAAAUCACAAAAUCGAGCUACAGAAGCAAAAUGAAAGUAUUACAGAUGAACUAUUGUCUUUGAAAGAAAAAUUGAACCAGCAAGCCGAUGAAAUAAAACAGAAGCAAGAUGAAGUUGAAAGUUUAAAAGAGAUAAUUGAUCUUAAAAAUACUGAGAACUCCAAAAGCAGCAAGAAGGUGGAUAAAAAGCUAAAUGAAUCCAUGAAUCUUAUAGAAAAGCUUAGAGAACAGACCAAAGAACUGAAUCAGGAAAAGAAGGAAGUUCUAAAGAAGCUCAUGAAAAAAGAGCAAGAACUUAAGAAGCUGGAAGUAAAAGCAACAAAUCAAGAGAGAGAAUUGAGGGAGGCAAAUGAUGAAAAACAAAGGCUUUAUGAAGAACUAAGGAGAAUGAAACAGGAUCAAAUUGAACGAGAAACGAUCUUAGCAGAGAAUAAUAGGGAACUAUUGAAACUUCGAUGUGUAGAAAAGGAAUAUCAGGAAUUUCAACAUCAAAUUUAUGCAAACUCUCCACCUGCUAGUACUCAGCUCCCGAAGGAAAUUCACGAAAAGGUGACUCAGACUCCCAAAUCACCAGCGUUAUCUUUGAAACUAGAUAAUUUGAAUAUGGCCGAAACACCUACUAAAACCCCGAAGAGUAUAUUGAAACAACCAGGUUCAGCUACCAAACGUAGGAGAGUGUUUUUCGCUUCCCCUGAUUAUGGAAGCCUGAUGAACAACCAGAAAGAGCCAAGCUAUCAGAAUCAAGAAUGUGAAUUUCCAUUGUUUAAGAAAUUGAGCCCAUUCACAAUGAAUACACCUACAAUUCAAAACCUUCAAACACUUGACAAAGUGACUAAUAUUCGGAAAACACCACGAAAAACUGGCCGUCAAAUCACAGAAGAAUUUUAUAAGGUGGAUACCGAAAAAUCUUGGUUUGACUGUGAACAAAUUUUCGGUUACGGGGCAGAAGAUUAA